GCACGCUAAUAAAAACAAUUUUCCUGUUAUGAUUAAUAGCGUCACGUGAUUUACCAACUAUUACUUAACUCCCAUUCGAGUACAAAUGUAAGUUACUUUAGCAAAACUAAAUUUCGUAAUCUAUUUGUAAAUUCGAAAAAAGAUAAAUAAAAUUAGCAGUGCGUUUUUUUCUUACGAAAUGGUAGUUGCACCUUUAGUAACCCUCAACAACGGUAAAAAAUGCCCUCAACUCGGUUUAGGGACUUGGCUGUCUGAGCCAGGGGAAGUGCAAAAAGCCGUCAAACACGCCAUUGAAAUCGGCUACCGACACAUCGAUUGUGCUAUGCUUUACGGUAACGAAAAAGAAAUUGGUGAAGCGAUUAGGGAAAAAAUUGCCGAUGGGACUGUUAAAAGAGAGGAACUUUUCAUCGUAACGAAACUCUGGAACACGUUUCACGAACGUGAAAAAGUCGUUCCAACUUGUAAAAAAUCAUUGAAGAAUUUUGGCCUGGAUUACCUCGACUUGUAUCUUAUUCACUGGCCUGUAGCACAAAAGAUCAAAGGCGAAUUAAACAUAAGACUGCCUUUCAAGGACUCCGUAGGGAUUGAUUAUGACUAUGUGGAGACGUGGAAAGGAAUGGAAGAAUGUGUGGAUUUGGGGAUUGCAAAAAGUAUCGGUCUAUCGAAUUUUAAUAGCAAACAAUUGGAACGAGUUUUGAAAAACGCGAGAAUCAAACCUGUGAUGAAUCAAGUUGAAGUGAGUCCAAAUUUGAAUCAAAAAAAGUUGAUUCAAUUUUGCAGAGCUCGAGAUGUACAAAUCACAGCUUAUAGCCCUUUUGGAUCACCGGCGAGGCCUUGGGCCAAACCUGGUGAUCCUGUUUUGAGACUCGAUGAUCCCAAAUUGGUCAAAAUUGGCCAAAAGUAUAAUAAAACAGCGUGUCAAGUAAUUUUACGCUAUUUGAUACAACUGGGAACUAUUCCAAUCCCAAAAUCGUCCAAUCCAAGUCGUAUUGAACAAAACAUCGACGUUUUUGAUUUUGAGUUAAGUGAGGAGGAUAUGGUGAUUGUGGACAGUUUCAAUUGUGACGGAAGGGCAGUCCAUGCUGAGGAACUCAAAGGCUUGCCUCACUACCCGUUUGAAGGUGUAGAAUUUUAGUAGUAAUAUUUUUAUUAACCUCAUAAUAAAAUAUUGGAAAAAAUGUAACACAAUCAAUAAUCAUCAUUUUCGAAUGGAUGGUGUGGGUGCCCCAACCCCCUAGAAAGAAAAAAAUAAUGACGAUCAAUUACACCGCAAAAAAAACAAAUACUUACGCAGUCAUUGGGCAAAAACGGCCGUUACAAUCAAACGUAUUCAAAUAUUUAACAUCAUCAGCCGACAAUUCAAAAUCAAAAAUAUUGAAAUUCUCCUCAAUCCUAGACUUUGUGACCGACUUAGGAAUGGUAAU